GUCCUCACCUGUCGAAGGUGCUAUCAGUCGAACGCUCUGUCGCCGAAUCUAGACAUGUCUGUUGUCAAUGCGAAGAAAAUGCCCUAUGUACGCUUGGGCAACUCCGGUCUGAAGGUCUCCAAGAUCAUCUUGGGAACAAUGCAGUACGGGCACGAGGGAUGGGCCCCUUGGUCUCUCGGCGAAGAGGAAGGCAUUGCACAUAUCAAAGCUGCAUACGAUGUUGGGAUACAGUCGUUUGAUACUGCGAAUGUGUACUCGAACGGCCUCUCCGAGAUCAUUCUCGGAAAAGCCAUCAAGAAACACAACCUACCUCGCGAAGAGAUCGUCGUGAUGACAAAGGUGUACUUCACUGUUGCUCGGGAGCAUGGCAAGCGUCUUGUCGGACUUUCGCCAGACGAGCUGGACAAGCAGGGCUACGUCAACCAGCGAGGACUUAGCCGGAAGAACAUAUUUGCUUCUGUGAAGGCCAGUCUUGAACGGCUGCAGCUCGACUACAUCGAUCUAUUGCAAUGUCACCGCUUUGAUUACGACACUCCUAUCGAGGAGACAAUGCAAGCACUUCAUGAUGUUGUUCAGGCUGGUUAUGUCCGCUACAUUGGCAUGAGCUCUUGCCAUGCCUAUCAGUUCCAUGCAAUGCAAAGUAAACUGCAUUACGUUUCUUUUCUCGAGGUUAUUACUGAUAAUGAAUUCUCAGACUACGCUAUUCAGAAUAAGCUGACGCCGUUUAUUUCAAUGCAAAAUCAUUAUAGCUUGAUUUAUCGCGAGGAGGAGCGCGAAAUGUUCCCUACUCUCAAGAUGUUCGGCGUCGGUUCUAUCCCUUGGUCGCCCUUGGCGGGUGGCAAAGUCACGCGUCCAAUUAGCGCUCAAAAGGAGACAAAGCGCGGCGACACUGACCAUUUCUUGGAAAAUUACAGCAAGUACGAGGGCGUGGUUGAUAGGCUCGUGGUUUCUCCAUCUUCGUUAAACAACGAGCUGAUCCCGCAUAGGAUUGAGGAAGUUGCCAAUAAGCGCGGUGUCAGCAUGGCGCAGGUUAGCAUGGCAUGGGUGAUGUCAAAGCCAGGCGUUACGGCCCCCAUCGUCGGCACGACUAAGAUGGAUAACCUAAAAGACAUCAUCGGGUCCCUUGACGUUAAGCUCACCGAGGAAGAGAUCAAGUAUCUGGAAGAGCCUUACAUCCCUCAAGCCAUUGUUGGCCAUAUUUAAUUUGAUGUCGCAGUUUUGUUACAUAAACACGUCAAUAGCGCAUAGCAUCUGUAUUGAGGCGAAGGCGAUUUGUAUAGUGAUGGUCAAUUAAUUAUCCAAAUUUGAU